UUUCUGUUAUCUUUUCUUUUUUUCUGCAGCAGCAGGAAAUGGAUGAGGAGACAGGAGAACUGGGCUUUGGAGAGAUUAGGGAGGAUGGGUUAGUAGAGGAAAGUUUGACACAUCAAGAGGCACUGUCCUGCAAUGAUGUAGUUUAUUCUGGCUCAGAAAAUAAUCAGCAUGAAUGGAUUAUUGAACCACAAAGUAGCCUUAAUGACAGUGAGUCUGAAGACAUCCUCCAUGCUAUUAAUCCGAAUGAAAUGUAUUCAUCUGGAGCAACAUGCAGGUCCAUUUCUGAGAGUGACAGUGGGCUAUCAGAGGACCAUUACUUUGAAGCCCCUCAAGGACCCUCUGAACCUGCCCAGAGCCUGUCUGUCCCCACUGUUUAUCAGGUGGUCUAUGACAUCAGCACACCAAACAGUAUUAAGACUGAGCCAGAACAACAGAACGUGGAUGUCAUUUCCAUAGAGCUUGAUGAGUGGAGUUCCCAGAUGUUGAUUUCUGAGUCCUACAUUAUAAAUGAGCUGCCUUUGGUCUCAGCUGUAAAAGUAGAAAAUCCCCAGACUGUGACUUCAGUUCCAAAUGAAGCCCAUUGUCCUGAGAGCUUACCGGUGUACCCAGAGCUUCUGCUGACUGAGGAAGAACAGAAACUUUUAAACCAAGAAGGAAUCUCACUACCUAACAAUCUUCCGCUCACAAAGGCAGAGGAGAGAAUACUGAAGAAAGUGCGACGUAAGAUCCGCAAUAAACAGUCAGCCCAAGACAGUCGACGCCGGAAGAAAGAGUACGUUGAUGGUUUGGAGAGCAGGGUGGCAACCUGCUCAACACAAAACAAGGAGCUACAGAGGACAGUGGAGCAGCUAGAGAAACACAACAUAUCUCUUAUGGCACAGCUACAUAAAUUACAAGCUUUGAUCAAACAGACAGCCACUAAAUCUGCACAGACAAGCACUUGUAUUCUGAUCAUCAUCUUCUCCUUGGCUCUAAUCAUAUUCCCAAGUUAUGGCCCCUUCAGUUGGAACUCUGCAUCCCUAGAGGAGGGCUAUGCACCGAAAGGUGUUAUCUCAAGAAACAUACUUAACGAUCCAGCUUCAUCCAUGGAAACCUCUGAAGAUAUUGAUAAUGAAAAGGUACUCCCAGACCCCCUGGGCUUGCCUCCGGAUGUCAGUCAGUCAGAUCCACCAGGUGAGAUUUCAGAAAAACUUCAGCAAUCAUCACAAAACCAGGAAAAUGAUAUGAACGAGGCCUUGGCAACAGAAUACAGUAACCACAGAAACAAAUCGACCCUUGCUGAUGGACAGUCUGACGCUCUAACCUUUGGCUUAAUGUCAGCUGCAGGGCAAGGAAGUGCAAGCAUUGACACUGUUAAACCAGCUCAUGCAGACGAGAUGUAGUCGGUUAAUUAACUGAUUACUGUUCUUUAAUUUAAAGAGCUCUUUUGGGGGUUUUGAGGUUACUUCAGACCUCACCUAGCCUGUUUCUUGUUCAGGUGAGAGUUGGUGUGGAUGGGUCCUUGAUAUUUAUUGCACUUCUCUACAAGAGAAUAAAAAUUAACUCUACCAAAGUUUAAGUUUACAUAAAACAGAAACCAUAUCUAUGCUUUUUAGCAAAGAAGUAAAUAAAUAACCCAUGAGAAAAUGUAUGAGGAACAAAAAUUUCAAAGAUGGUAAUGGUAAUUUGUUUCGUGACUAUGGUUUCUGUGGAAAAUGUCUUAAUAUCCCUGUCAACAUCAGCACCAAAAUAUUAAUUCUAUUUACUUUGAGCGGUAUACAAGUGUUAUGUUUCUUUUUCAAUGUGUUCUAACGUGUUUUUAGCACAUUUUGUAAUCCUUGUUUUUAAUGAAGACGUUUAAGGCAGAUGAAGUGUAUUACAUCUUGAUUGUAUUUCCUGAUGAGGUAGAUCUAUGGUCUUGUUUGUAAUAUGUAUCCUGAUGGUUUUGAU